AUGGGGAACUGUUUCAACCCAAAACACGUCGACGAAAUGACGUUCGUCAAGAGCAAGUCGCCGAAUUUUUACGACGACGUGCACGAGGAGCUCGACGAUUCCGGCAAUCUUUCUUCUCAGUAG